CCUGAGGUCGGUCGGAAAGAAAAAAGAGAAAUGCCUAUCGUGGUAUGAGUAUGGGCCUCGCCACACCACUCUCGAAAUGUGAAAGAGACGACGAUGUGGCCGCUGGAUCUGGCUAUGUCCUAGCGGGAAGUUCAUCCUCGUUUUGCACAUUUCGAGAGUGGCGUGGCGAUGCCCGCAGCCUCCACGAGUAACUGGUAGGAUACGCCAGCGGAGGAGCAGGGUGAUGUGGCAAGCAAAGUGGGCGGACACGGCGACACGUGUGACUCAGCUCGGCUUGGGGCCUCAAUCCACUACUCAUCAAAUGCACAAAAUAUGGCGGUGUACACUUCCAUGUUAUAACGGAAGAUUCAUUCUCAGUUUGCACAAUUGGUGAGUAGUGGAGCGAGGCCCUUCGUCUUGCUUGCCGGGUGGUGGACAGAUCACCGAUUAGGAUAAUCCACCCUUCGUCUUGCUUGCCGGGUGGUGUACAGAUCACCGAUCUAAUUAGGAUAAUGAAUUGGAUAAGGGGAUAGAUUGACGACACGUAGCGGGUUUUGGGUUUAGAUGACGAAUUAAGCGAAGUGGCGUAGGGGAGGAGGAGGAGGAGGAGGAGGAGGAGGAGGAGGAGGAGUGUUGGGGGGCGGAUCGCGAUCUCGACAACCUGGUUAGGAAGCUCACGGGAUGUGCCAGACCCAGAGGUGAAGGGCUCAAAUCCCAGGUGAAUGUGAUGCACAGGGCGACACGUGUCAGAUUCCUGCGGCAGAUCAUCACAGCAACAAAACAGCAGAGCACACAGAGAAGGCUGGAUACUGAAGUUAUGUCUCUUGUUGUUGCCCACACCUACGAAUACUGCUUGAAUGCGUGGAGGUUUAGAGUUCGAACUCAUGUGGUUGUUUUCUCACUUUCAUGAAGAGUACUGUUCAUUCACAAGCUGGGAGUUCGAACCCUGCCAAAGAAGGUUCUAUCACUGAGAGCAAUAGUCGAGAGCUCGAACCGCCCUAAUUGCAAACGUGGUUCGCCUAAUUUUUGACGAGGAGUUGAAGAACGUAUCCGGAAAAAGGGGGAAAAGAAAGAAGAGAAGAAACUACCCAAAGAGUUCGAACCAACUGGACCUCGGGUUGCGACGACGGAGGGAGAUUGCCACGUGUCAAUCUGUGGCACCCUCCACGUGUUCAUGAAGUCGAGUUGCCUCUCUGCGGCGCUGGGUUGAAAAACUAAUUCCUUGUCUCUCUUUCUUCCAGCACCUCUCUCUCCUAAAGAGUUCGAUUCUCUCUCUCUCUCUCUCUCUCUCUCUCUCUCUCUCUCUCUCUCUCUUGAAUUUUUGUGGUAUCAGCAAGUGGCAGGAAGGUUUGGAGAGGUGACAGACAAAAGUGGCAGUCGUUCCUGUCUCUCUCUCUGUCUCUUCCUCUUUCUCUCCCCGCUCUGUCUAUAAAUAGAUUGGUCUACCUCUCUUCAUAUCUUGCACGAUAUUAUGGUCCAGACGCUGGUGCAACGGUCACCAUGCUGGGGCCUCCCAUCGUGUGACGUGGCAAGCAUUCGCGCGCAGGCGUAUCUGAAGCUGGCAGGCGUUGAUUUUCGGCUUGAAGCAUCUCCAAACCGUCCAGAUGCAGCGGAAUUACCAUAUUUGGAGUUCGAGGAUGGCGAGGUAGCAAUGAACAACGAACCCGGUGGGAUCGAGGCUUUCCUGCGAGAAAAAAAGCGCAUUGAUCUCAAUUCUGGCCUCCCGAAGGGCGAUCAAGGCGAUCUGGGGGCAUUCUUAGCCCUGGUCGAAUCGAGACUAGCAGAUGCAUCCGAUUUCACAUUCUGGGUUGAAACAGCAAAUACCAAAAUGACACGGCCGGCCUAUGCUGGCGGGGUUCCAUGGCCGAUCAGCCACGUCCUCUGGUGGAUUAGACAGCGUGACAUCGCAGCGAGACUGGGCGUUAACUUAACGAAAAUCGAUGAAAGGAGAGGAGAGAUCUACCAACGAUCAAAGGAAGCAUAUGAGGCGUUGUCGACCAAGCUUGGAAACCAUGAGUAUAUGCUGGGAUCAAGGUACGGUCUGUACGAGUUUGUGGUGAUGCCUUUCGGCCUUUGCAACGCUCCUGGCACCUUUCAGCACGCUAUGAAUCGGAUAUUCCAUGACUACUUGGAUAAGUUUGUCAUCGUGUACCUCGAUGACAUACUUAUUUUUAGUAAGACUGUCGAGGAGCACGUUGGACAUUUGGAUAAAGUCCUCAAUCUCCUGCGACAGCACAAGUUCAAGAUCAACGGUGAGAAGUGCGAGUUUGGCCGCACCCGUGUCUUGUACUUGGGUCAUGAGAUUUCCGCGGAAGGGUUGAAGCUCGAUGACGCGAAGGUGGCCAACAUUCGUGAUUGGCCAUGUCCUCAGUCUGUGACUGAGAUGAGAUCUUUCUUAGGAAUGACAGGCUACUAUAGGACUUUCUUUAAUAACUAUAGCAUAGUGGCCGCUCCUUUGAUUGAUCGGACCCGCCUUGACACCCCAUGGGAGUGGACAGAUGAGUGCAAGGCUGCCUUCAGACAUCUGAAGCAUGCGUUGACGCACUACGAGGUCUUGAAACUUCCUGAUCCUGAUAAGCCGUUUAUAGUCACCACGGAUGCCAGCCAAUAUGGCAUUGGCGCCRWGCUCGCRCARCARGAGGGGCCAAAGUUGAGGCCUGUAGAGUACAUGUCCAAGAAAAUGUCGUCUCAGAAGUUGGCUAAGUCCACCUAUGAGAAGGAACUCUAUGCGGUUUACAAGGCUCUGACCCAUUGGAGACACUAUACCCUUGGGAGGUUUUUCAUCCUCGGGACUGAUCAUCAGACCCUGAGAUGGAUGAGAACUCGGCCUGUACUCUCUAACGCCCUCAAGCGUUGGAUCGAAGUCAUUGAGCAAUAUGUCUUUGACCCUCAGUAUCUGAAAGGGGAGUACAACAAGGUUGCUGAUGCCUUGUCUCGUAGACCUGAUUUCUCAGGUGCGCUGAUUACUGAGUUCGAUCUGACGAACAGUGUUACUCAGUCUUUGGUGGAACCCUAUCACGAGGACCAGUUCAUGUCUGAGAUCAUACGCAGACUUGAGGCGAAGGACAAGAAGACUUCUCCCGAGUUUGAGUUGGUCAAUGGCUUGCUGUUCCUUGAGAAGGAAGGGAAUAAACGAUUGUGUGUCCCAAAUAGCGAGUCUUUGCAUAGUUUGUUUUUAGGUGAGUGCCAUGAUGCCACCGACCAUUUUGGGUAUGAGAAGACCGCAGCCAAUCUGUUGCAGUGGUUUCUGGUGGCCCACAUGAUGCGAGAUGCUCAGUUGUACGUGGAGACUUGUCAAGUCAGUCUAAGGGACAAGCCACGUACUCAGGCUCCUCUUGGGCUUUUGAAGCCCCUUCCGAUUCCGGAACGGCCUGGUGAGAGUUUGUCCAUGGAUUUCAUGGAUACUCUGAUCACCAUUAAGAGUGGGAUGCGUCACAUCUUCGUCAUCGUGGAUAGAUUUAGUAAGUAUGCUAGGUUAGUAGCAAUGCCGGAAACAACUAAGACGGAGUACGUGAUCCGAAUGUUCAAGGAGAACUGGGUUAGAGACUUUGGUUUACCGAAGUCUAUUGUCAGUGACAGGGAUGUCCGGUUUACUACCGAGUUGUGGAAGGCCGCUGUUGCAGAGCAGGGAACCCAGUUGCAAAUGACUUCUGGGAAUCACCCAGAGGCCAAUGGCCAGGCCGAGCAACUGAACCGCGUUGUACAACACCUGUUAAGGCAUUACAUCAAGCCCAACCAGGUGGAUUGGGAUGAGAAGCUUUUACUCAUCGCCAGUCUGUAUAACAAUGCGGUGCACAGUGCCACCGGGGUGAGCCCUAACAGUUUGCUACUGACUUUCAAGCCUAGACUACCCUUAGAUUUUCUCCUUCCUGAGAAUCAGUCGACUGCUGCACCAGGUACGCUAGAGUUUGCUUACCGCUAUGAACAGAAGAUGCAGCAACCUGUAGAACAGAUGCAAAAGGCACAGGCGGCUAUGAUAGAAUCUGCGAACAAACACCGCUGUGAGUCUUCAUUUCAGGUUGGGGACAGAGUCUGGGUUAAGUCCUCAGAACUGGGACAGGAGCACGGGAUCUCCCGCAAGCUCAUGCCACAGUACUUUGGACCUUGGAAAGUUUUAGACAUCGUUGGGACAGAUCCAGAUGGGCCAUCCUAUGUUAUCCGGAUCCCUGGUCAUCUUCGAACUUACCCUGUCUUUCACGCCUCCAAGCUUGCACCUUUCAUGGAAACAGACGAGUUUCCUUCUCGUCGCUCAAUGCUGCCCCCAACCAUGGACGGAGAAGUGGACAUCGAUGACAUUGUGGAUCACAGGGAGCUGCCAGCUCAGAGACCUGCAGGAAGGGGACGUCCUCCGAAAUCGAAACUGCAGUACCGCGUUCGGUUCAGACAUCAUACUGAUCCCAAGGAGGACCGUUGGUUCACGAGGGAGAAACUCAUGCAGACCGCUCAAGUUGUAGCCCAUUAUGAGAAAUCUCUGCAGAAGGGAAAGCCCUCGUCUCUUGAUGCGGCUUUGUUUGCGCAUCUGAUUUUUCACCUACGAGCCCCCUUGGUUGAAAAUACGCUGAAGGAACAAAUACUGUCACACGGGAACUUGGUCGAAUAUGCGGAGAGAUUGCAGCGGGAAGUGUUCGGUUUGGAGGAGUUUUCAGCGACAUAUCCAACGGAGCCUCUCCACGCUCCAGCAGCAGUGGCUGGGCGUGGAAGUGGAGCGGGCCCUUCGAGAACUGCUGGUGGUGAGCAACAAGGGGCGGCCACUGAAGCGAAGAGUCAGAAGAAGCAGAAGAAGCAGAGAUCAGAGAAGGAGGCCAAGUUUCGGCGCAGGGCGAAGUACUUCGUAAUAGGCCAGAUUGCAUCAAUGCUUACGUUUCUUCUCUUCUCCAGUGUUGAGGUGGAGGAGGAAGAAAUGGACCACAACGAUGAUGACGAAAUGGAUGACUAAGAAGCUGUGCAUUUUGUGUCAUAGGAGAAAUUUGCAUUUACAUUACAGGUGAUCUCAGUUGUUCUCUUCUUUGCCAUCCCCCCUCCGGCCCUCGCCCCCCUCCCCCGUCCUCCUGGGCAACCAUGCUCUCUAUGUUAGCAAUAGUAGAGAUUUCUGUGUACAAGCUCACGACCCAUAGCUUUUGUGGAGCAGGUGACUUGGACACAAACCGCACUGGAUGUGCUUUUGCGAAUGCUUGGCAUAUGGCAAAGACAGCGUCGUCGUCCCACUGAAGUUGUGAGCACCGCUGUGGUAGUGCCUGUCAGUCAAUGUGUCGUGCAAAGAGGCAUUCUCGAAAUCCUAAGGAAUCGUCACUGCAAAGUCUGGCUUUUCUGAGGUAUAAUCUUGUUGAGGAAGAGGAGUAGCGUCUGUGUUGCAAAGGCCAUAAACAUAUUCAUUCGGCACGAAAUGAGGGGGUAAAAGCCAAGAAGACUGAAAGAAGUACAUCGUUGCUGCAUCGUGAACUCUCCCACUGCACAUCACAAAAUGGCCACUAAGUGAGACCUGCAUCAUUGCUGAACCGUGAACUCUUCCACUCCACAUCGUUGGUGCAUCGUGAACUCUUCCACAUCAGCUGGAAUGGUGAGAGCACCAUGGAGAAAGGGUUGUAACUCCUCGGCAUUCCGUGCCAGCUCAUAAAUGAUUGUGCAGCGAAGUUACCAGGCAGCAAAUGGCUGCACCACAUGUUUGCUUGACCAGGUUUGACAGCACCAGAUGUAUUUGACUGUUUCUUUACUGGUGAGCUUCUGCGACUUAGAGCUGCUGAAGGUAUAGAGGACCAGUGUUCUAUCUGGAUGGGGCUCUGUGUGUGUGUGCGUGAAAGAGAGUUAGCGGGCAAGAGAGGCCGGGUUGGGCACAGAGAGAGAGAGAGAGAGAGAGAGAGAGAGAGAGAGAGAGAGAGAGAGAGAGAGAGAGAGAGAGAGAGAGAGAGAGAGAGAGUCAGAUUUGGUGGUUGGGGAAACGCGUGAAAGCUAGUGAAGGAGGCUUGAAGAAGAAUCUGGCAGUGCUGCAUACUAGCAGCAGCAGAGUAUGUGGCUACGUUUUACAUGAAUGUAUGGUAAGGCUCAAAGGUAGCCCGGCUACUCGGGCGAUUUUGUUCAUGCACCGUGAUACAGGAGAUAACCUGAUUUGUUGUGUUUGGUACAACCUCAACUUUUGUCACCUCUUCAUACGUUCCAGCCAGUGAUUGCAGCAAGAGAAAAACGAAUCACACAAUGAACGUCAACUUUUGUC